AUGAGCGGUCAAAGAGAGGCUUGGGAGAAGUUUGCCAAGGCAGUCCAGCAGCAGGCUCGUAAGGGAGCCGGGGGAGGGGCCGGCGGUGGCGUGCCUCCUAAGGGAGUGUUUGCCGGUGUCACUGGUAUUUUUCUACUUGGAGUGGGUGCUCUUGCUAUCAAUGCAUCUCUGUUCAAUGUCGAUGGUGGUCACAGGGCCAUUAUCUACUCGAGAUUCGGCGGUAUUCAACCUCAGAUCUACCAGGAAGGAACCCAUUUCGCGAUCCCCUGGUUCCAGAAACCCAUUAUUUAUAACGUUCGAGCCAGACCUAGAAACGUCGCUUCGUUGACUGGUACUAAAGAUUUGCAGAUGGUCAAUAUCACAUGUCGUGUUUUGUCAAGACCACGGGUCGAGUCUCUAGCUACUAUUUUCCGUACUCUUGGUACCGAUUAUGACGAGCGAGUAUUGCCAUCCAUUGUCAAUGAGGUUCUUAAGAGUGUGGUAGCACAAUUCAAUGCCUCGCAAUUGAUCACUCAACGUGAAAAGGUGUCGAGAAUGGUCCGUGACAAUCUUGUCAAGAGAGCAUCCAAAUUCAACAUUCUACUUGACGAUGUCUCAUUAACGUACAUGACAUUCAGUCCCGAGUUCACUGCUGCCGUUGAGGCCAAACAAAUUGCCCAACAAGAGGCGCAAAGAGCUGCUUUCAUUGUUGACAGAGCCAAACAGGAGAAACAAGGAACCAUUGUCAAGGCCCAGGGUGAGGCAAGAUCGGCUGAACUCAUUGGUGAGGCCAUUAAAAAGAGCGGUGACUACGUCGAACUAAAAAGACUGGACACUGCCCGUGAAAUCGCCGAGAUCCUCAGCAAAUCCGGCAACCGCGUCAUGCUCGACAACAACUCGCUCCUGCUCAACGUGGCCAGCGACUACAGAACUAAGAAAUAA